UGUAGGACAGCCCAGCCCUGGAGUGGGACCUGUCCCCAGCCCAUGUGUCCCUAGCCACCUUCACAGUAGGUUUUGAGCUGGCAGACAAGGGGCAGGGUCGGGAGGUGGUCCUGUGGGCACCCCAUCCCCGUAAGCAUGAGCCUUGAGAACACUCGUGGGAUGAAGGGUUAUUUUACUAUCUCCAGGGGCAGUAAAGCCCGCUUCGUGGGAAGCCGCCGGGCCUGUCUGCUAGAGCUAGUUCUCCAGGGAGGCUCGAACACUGGGUUUUUAGGCACCAGAUGUGUGUAGUGGCUGCCCUGGUGGCCUGACCCUCGCCCCGAGAGCUCAGGACUCACACAGUCACUGUCCUUGUCCCGCCCCUAGCCCCCCUCUGCCACAUGACCAGGCUGACCAGUAUGACCUCAGCUGGGACCAGCAGCUCAACCUUGCCUACGUGGGUGCUGUCCCUCACGGGGGCAUCAGGCAGGUUCGGACCCACUGGCUGCUGGACCUCAUCACGGCCAGGCCCUGGUACCAGGAGAGGGGCACUUGGACACCAGGGCCAUGUCCCUCCCCGGUCCUUGUGUAGGAUUCCCAGCACACGCCUUGAGAGGAGCGACCCAGGCCCAGGCCAGCUUGGAGGGGAGGGGGAUGGCUGGGUGGGGCCUGAGCUACAACUUCACCAACCUGGACGCGUACCUGGACCUUCUCAGGGAGAACCAGCUCCUCCCAGGUUUCGAGCUGAUGGGCAGCCCCUCUGGACGCUUCACGGACUUUGAGGACAAGCAGCAGGUGCUGGAGUGGAAGCGCCUGGUCUCACUCCUGGCCAGGAGAUACCUCGGUAGAUACGGGCUGGAGCACGUUUCCAAGUGGAACUUUGAAACAUGGAAUGAGCCAGACCACCAUGACUUUGACAAUGUGUCCAUGACUACACAAGGAUUCCUGAACUACUAUGACGCUUGCUCCGAGGGUCUGCGAGAGGCCAGUCCAGCUCUGCGGCUAGGCGGUCCCGGCGACUCCUUUCACCCUCCACCCCGCUCCCCCCUGUGUUGGAGCCUCCUGGGGCACUGCCACAACGGAACUAACUUCUUCACGGGCGAGGUGGGCGUCCGCCUGGACUACAUUGCGCUCCACAAAAAGGGCGCAGGGAGCUCCAUCUACAUCCUAGAGCAGGAGCAGGAGACCUUGCAGCAGAUCCAGCGGCUCUUCCCCAAGUUCACCGACACCCCAGUCUACAACGACGAGGCCGACCCGCUGGUGGGCUGGGCCCUGCCGCAGCCGUGGAGGGCCGACGUGACCUACGCAGCCAUGGUCGUGAAGGUCAUCGCGCAGCACCAGAAUCUGCUGAUUGCCAACACCAGCUCCUCCACCCGCUAUGCGCUCCUGAGCAACGACAACGCUUUUCUGAGCUACCACCCACACCCCUUCUCACAGCGCACGCUCACUGCCCGCUUCCAAGUCAACAACACGCGCCCGCCCCACGUGCAGCUGCUGCGAAAGCCGGUGCUCACUGCCAUGGGGCUGCUGGCCCUGCUCGAUGGCGAGCAGCUCUGGGCGGAGGUGUCACAGGCUGGGACAGUGCUGGACAGCAACCACACGGUGGGCGUCCUGGCCAGCGCCCACAGCCCCUCGGGCCCCGCUGACGCUUGGCGAGCCACGGUGCUGGUCUACGCGAGCGACGACACUCGCGCCCACGCCAAUCGCAGCGCCGCCAUGACCUUGCACCUGCACGGGGUGCCCCCAGCCCCAGGGCUCCUCUACGUGACACUCUACCUGGACAACCGGCUGUGCAGCCCUCACGGCGAGUGGCAGCGCCUAGGCCGGCCCGUCUUCCCCUCGGCCGAGCAGUUCCGGCGCAUGCGCGCGGCUGAGGACCCUGUGGCCAUGGCCCCACGCCCCUUCCCCACUGGCGGUCUCCUGACACUGCGCCCGGAGCUGCCGCUGCCCUCCCUGCUGCUGCUGCACGUGUGUGCGCGCCCGGAGACGCCGCCAGGCCAGGUGACUCGGCUCCGGGUGUUGCCCAUGACCCGCGGACAGCUGCUUCUGGUUUGGUCAGAUGAACGCGUGGGCUCCAAGUGCCUGUGGACAUAUGAGAUCCAGUUCUCCGAGGAGGGUGGGGUGUAUACCCCAGUGAGCAGAAAAGCAUCGACCUUUAACCUCUUCGUGUUCAGCCCAGGCACAGGUGUUGUCUCCGGCUCCUACCGGGUUCGAGCUGUGGACUACUGGGCCCGGCCCGGCCCCUUCUCAGAUCCCGUGCAGUACCUGGAGGUCCCUGUCCCGUGAAGGCUGCCACCAGGUGACCCUGUGAGCCUGCACUGACUGUUGAACCUGGGGAAGACCGGGAGUCAAGAUGGGCUGGGCGGCCAUCAGCUGGUCAGUCGUCAGCUCCGUUUGUCCUAUCCUGCCCCUACCACUUAAACUGCUUUUUCUACA